CGUGGGGAGGAGGAGGAAAAGGAGGAGGGACGGAGGGGAUGAAGGCUGCAAUGCUCCCGAUGGGGCCGACGGGUUUCAGGGUGCUGGGGGCGAUGGGGCUGGCGCUGAGCUGCGGGACAGCAGGCGCCUUCGUGGUGCACAUGGCCAGCUCCUGCCUGCUGACAGCCAAUGGCUCCCUGGGGGGCUUUGACCUCAUCGUGGCCUUCAACAAGAACCCCCUGGUGUGCUACGACCCCGACGCCUACAUCUUCUACCCCUGUGACGGGUGGCUGCUGCACGAUGUUGCCACUUUGGUCGCCAUCUUCCUAAAUAAUAAUGCCACAUGGGUGCAGCGUGCAGAGGCGCGCAGACAGGCGUGCACUGAGCUGGCUGCACAGUUCUGGGCACACACAGCACUGCGGAGGACACCACCCCAAGUCCGCAUCGUCCCCAUCCCCAUCUCCAACGACCCCGACAGCGUCCGCCUCAUCUGCCACGUCUGGGGCUUCUUCCCACCUGCGGUGACCAUCCAGUGGCUGCAAAACGGCCUCGUGGUGGCCUCAGAAGACACCAAACUGCUGCCCAAUGGGGACUGGACCUACAGGACACAGACGACCCUGAGGGCCAGCACUGCAGCGGGGAGCACCUACACAUGUUCAGUGUGGCACUCCAGCCUGGAGCAGCCGCUGCAGGUGGACUGGAGUCCCAAUUUGUCUCUGGGGAUGAUGGCACAGGUGGCAGUGGCAGUCAUGGCGCUGACCUUGGGGUUGGUGGCAUUCAGCGCUGGGGUUUUCAGCUUCUGUCAGAGGCCACGGGGUCCUGGUGCUGGUCCCAGUCCCCAUCCUGAUGCGGGUUCUGAUUCCAAUCCUGGUCCUCAAAGUGAUCCCCGUCCAAGUUCUGGUCCCCAUCCCAGUCCUGGUCCUCAUUCUGGUUCUGAUCCUCAUCCCGGUCCUGGUCCCCAUCCCAGUCCUGAUCCCCAUUCUGUUUCUGAUCCACAUCCCGGUCCUGGUCCCGGUCCUGGCUUUGCUUCUGGUCCCUAUCCUUGACCCUGGUCCUGGUCCCCAUCCCGAUGCCAGUCCCAGUCCUGGUCCCCAUCCUGGUCCUACUCCCCAGUUUGGGGACCUCAAUGACCGGAAUUCCCAUGUCUCAGCAUGGGGACCCCCAGCUUGGGGUGAGGGGCUCUCAUCCCCCCAAUAAAACCAUCUGCAGCCCCAACAUCGCUCUAAUUCUUCG